AUGAACUCUCUUGAAGUUUUUCACCAUGAAUUAUAUAAGUACGAAAAGGCCAGGAAAGAAAAGGAAAUUAAUGACAGUUUAGAAGAGGUUGAGUCUCCUAUACUCAACAUGAGCUUUGACUUUGCGGACGUGCCCCCACCAGUUAAUACGCGUAAAGACAACGAGAAAGACGAAAAGAAGCUCAAAAACAAGGAACCGAUCCGAAAAGUAAACAGUCCGAAGAAAGUUAAACCAAAUCGGACCGAGGGUUCCAAGAGGAUGAAGAGCAAGUUACGCAUUGAUAUGGUGGGAUAUGGUCAAAAACCCAUUGGUUCAACUCGAGCUCUUCUUAAUAAGAGAAGAAAAACGGAGAAAUGA